CAAACACCUACACAUUUGGUAAAUCCACAUACAGGCAAUGUCAGGAGAUAUCUGGGUCGCCGACAUGCCUCGAACAUGUAUACUUUCUUGGGACGCAGAUUCUGCAAGCUGCCCAGACCUGGGACUGUAAGAGCUGGUCCCACUGGAGGAAUAUCUCCAGCAGGGUUAAAUAUGCGGUCCUGCGCUGCUCAGCCAGAGCCUUUAUUAUGAGUAUAAUCGCGUUACGGACCUCGGUACCUGAGCAGCCAUGGCAUUACUUCACAAGCUCCAUCUUAUCGUUGCCGGGAAGACUCUCGACGAGGCCCGUGUGGUUCAACCCGACGAAGACCCCAAUGCUCCAGCAGCUUUGACCGGAGCCUCCCACGACAAGGAAACUAGAACUGGCUUGCCUGAGACUACCACUGAAGUUGCGAGUCAAGAGGAGAAGAUCCCAGCUCGAGAUGCGCAAGUCGGCGUCCAGAAGAUCGAGGCCGUGACCCUAACCUGGUCGAAGAAGUCACUGGCUGCAAUCUUGAUGGUUAUCUGGCUUCUCACGCUGGUCAAUGGAUUCAAAGUUACCGUGGUGUAUAGCUUGUCUCCUUUCGCCACGAGCAGUUUCCAGUCUCAUUCGCUGUUGACCGUCAUCGACAUAGUUGCAAAUGCCAUGACAGCAGCCGUGUACAUCCCGAUGGCUAAGAUGCUGGACGUAUGGGGACGGGCGGAAAGCUUCCUGCUGAUGAUGGCUUUCUGCCUUCUGGGCCUGAUUCUCAUGGCUACAUCCCACAAUCUUUCCACCUUUUGUGCUGCACAUGUUUUCUACUCUGUCGGCUUUGGUGGCCUGAACUAUACCUGGGACGUGCUUGCGGCUGAUGUGACCAACUUGAGAAAUCGAGGUCUAGCAUUCGCCUUCACCUCGUCUCCAGCUUUGAUCACCGCUUUCGCCGGUUCGAGGGCUGCAGCCGGCUUCUACAACAACGUCAGCUGGAGAUGGGGCAUCGGCUGCUGGGCUAUCAUUUUUCCCUUUGUGGCGUUGCCUCUGUACGGCGUACUGAAGUACAAUCUUCACAAGGCUGAGAAACAAGGGAUAUUCGUGAAAGAAUCCAGUGGUCGAACCUGGCUUCAGACGAUCUGGUACAUCAUCAGAGAGUUCGAUCUACCAGGAGUCAUUCUCUUCGCGGGUGGCUUUACCGUGUUCCUCCUGCCAUUUACCCUGGCCACUACCGCUCCUCAUGGUUGGCAGACCGGCUAUAUUAUCGCUAUGAUUGUCGUCGGAUUUGUCGUACUGGUCAUCUUUGUCCUCUACCAGACCUACGUGGCUCCGAACCCGUUCCUGAAACAUCGCUUCCUUACCGAUCGGACCGUCUUGGGUGCAUGCCUGCUGGACAUGACAUACCAGAUCUCAUACUAUUGCUACGCCAGCUACCUCACGUCCUUCCUGAUGGUCGUCAAUAACCUGACCGUCGCGCAGGCAGGAUAUGUUGGCAACACCUUCAGCGCCGUGGCGUUCGUCUUCCUGUUCCUCGCGGGAUACCUCAUCCGCAGGACUGGCACUUUCAGAUGGAUAUUGUUUAUCUGUGUGCCGCUCUACAUCUUCGCAUUGGGCCUGAUGAUUCAUUUCCGCCAGCCCAAUGGAUAUAUCGGCUAUAUCGUCAUGUGCGAGGUAUUUUUCUCCGCCGCUGGGAGCGUGUUUAUCCUCUGCGUGCAGCUGGCCGUCCUAGCGGCGGUCGAUCACCAACAUGUCGCAGCCGUGCUUGCUUUGCUCUUUGUAAGUGGUACGACCGGAGGCGCGAUAGGCAGCGCUGUUUCUGGAGCCAUUUGGACCAACACGUUCGAGAAGGCCCUUGAAAAGCAUUUGCCUGCGUCUGCGUUGCCGGAUUUGUUGACCAUCUACGAAAGUCUAGCUGUGCAGCUCAGCUACCCAGUUGGAAGCGCCGAACGGCUCGGAAUCCAGAAGGCUUACGGCUAUGCCCAAACGAGGAUGCUUGCGGCCGGUACUGCCAUCAUGGUCCUUGGAAUUGUCUGGGUGGCCAUGAUGAGAGAUCUCAAUGUCAAGAAAAUGUCGCAGACCAGGGGCAAUGUCCUGUAGAGGCGCGGAUGUCUUUAGCAGUGACAGUACUGUGACCACCUGUGGCCGGGUCCUGCAGACUGACGAGGGGAUAUUGUGGCUGUGAACGUGGGCGAAUUCUGCAUGCGAACGCUCGAUCAGUGAGGAGCUGUCAAGGUAGAUAGCUGCAACCCAUAACCCCUGAGCUCAGGGUAGGAUAUCGAAAGUCCGCGACAGUCGCUACCAUGUAGUCAAAUUGGCUAGAACUUUGUAUUGCGGUAGCCAUAGAUUACAGUAGGUCCCUUCUAGAAAUUCGCAGCUAUCAGACACUGCGACCACGACGGCAAAAUGGACGUUUCCAAAUCGUCUUUUGUCCGUCAUUCGGAAAAUUUUCAUCUCAACCUUUUCAUCCAACU